AUGGUGCUCAACUCUCCGCGCGCGCUCCUCUUGCUGCUGCUGCUGCUCGCCUGCCCCGCGUUGCGGGCUUCCCAGGUCAGUGUCCCGUCCGCGUCGCUCUUCUGUCCCGCCAGCAGGCACGGAGGAACCCCGGCUUGCCACCGUCUCCUGGGGGUCCCGGGGUGGGACAUGGAGCGAGUCUUGGGCUGCGAUUCGGCUUCGGAGAGACGCACGGGGUCUCUCAUCUCAUCUCCUCCCGGGCCAGGCGUCUGGAACUGUCUGAACAAGCCGCAGCUCCUCACGGCCAUCCGCCAGUUACAGCAGCUGCUGAAGGGCCAGGAGACACGCUUUGCCGAGGGCUUCCGCAGCAUGAAGAGCCGGCUGGCCGCGCUGCACAGCUCAGUGAGCAGGGUGGCUCCAGACGCGCCCCCAGUUUCCUGCCCAGCUCUGAAUGCUCCUCCGGAUGGCAGAAAGUUCGGCAGCAAGUAUUUAGUGGAUCAUGAAGUCCACUUUGCCUGCAACCCGGGGUUCAGGCUGGUGGGGCCCAGCAGCGUGGUGUGUCUUCCCAACGGCACCUGGACUGGGGAGCAGCCCCGCUGUAAAGAUGUCAGUGACUGCUCCAGCCAGCCCUGCCUCAAUGGUGGAACAUGUGUAGAAGGAGUCAACCAGUACAGAUGCGUUUGUCCCCCGGGAAGGGCAGGGAGUCGAUGUCAGCAUCAGGCCCAGACCGCAGCCCCCGAUGGUGGCAUGGCCAGCGACUCUGCUUUCAGCCGAGCGCCACGCUGUGCACAGGUAGACCGGGCACAACACUGCAGCUGCGAGGCCGGAUUUCAUUUGAGUGGUGCCGCAGGCGGCGACAGCAUCUGCCAGGAUGUGAACGAGUGUGAGCUCUACGGGCAAGAGGCGCGGCCCCGACUCUGCAUGCAUGCCUGUGUGAACACCCCAGGUUCCUACCGCUGCAGCUGUCCCAGCGGAUACAGGGCACUGGCUGAUGGGAAGAGCUGUGAAGAUGUGGACGAGUGUGUGGGCCCGCAGCCCGUGUGCCCCCGGGGGACCACGUGCAUCAACACCGGGGGCAGCUUCCAGUGCGUGAAUCCUGAGUGCCCCGAGGGCAGCGGCAACGUGAGCUACGUGAAGACGUCUCCAUUCCAGUGCGAGCGCAACCCCUGUCCCAUGGACAGCAGGCCCUGCCGCCACCUGCCCAAGACCAUCUCCUUCCACUACCUCUCUCUGCCCUCCAACCUGAGGACCCCCAUCACGCUCUUCCGCAUGGCUACGGCCUCGGCCCCUGGCCGCGCAGGGCCCAACAGCCUGCGAUUUGGAAUCGUGGGAGGCAACAGCCGUGGCUACUUUGUGAUGCAGCGUUCGGACCGACAGACCGGGGAGUUGAUCCUUGUGCAGAGCCUGGAGGGGCCGCAGACGUUGGAGGUGGAUGUUGACAUGUCUGAGUACCAGGACCGCUCCUUCCAGGCCAACCAUGUGUCCAAGGUCACCAUCUUUGUGUCCCCUUAUGACUUCUAA